GCGCACCCGUUCUUUUAAGUUGAAGUUCUGUAUAGUCAACUUCAUGUUCAUCUGGCACUAUACAAGAUCGACUUCAAUCGACUUGUAAAGUGGUACAGUUGGGUACGUUGGUACCGAGGAUCGAAGCAAGAUGUUGUCAAGAUUAGCUUUUCGUAAUGCUCAAGCAGUGUCCACAGCUGUUCGUGGAAUACAAACUACAGUACCAGCAUUAUCUGAUGUACCUCGUCCAAAACGCCCCAUAUAUCCUGCCCCAGUUAGGCAUGGAUUUAUUCCAGAAGAGUGGUUUUCAUUCUUCUAUCCUAAGACUGGUGUAUCAGGUCCAUAUAUAUUCACAGCUACUCUGGGAACAUAUUUACUAUCAAAAGAAAUCUAUGUAUUGGAACAUGAAUUCUACAAUGGAAUUUCUAUGCUCAUCAUUUGUCUUUAUGUAAUAAAAAAAUUUGGUCCCAAUAUUGCCAAAUUCUUAGAUAAAAAGGUCGAUGAAUAUGAAGAAAUGUUAAAUGUUGGAAGAAACAAUGAAAUUGAGGCGUAUGAACAAACUAUUAAGAACUGGGAAUUAGAAAAGUGGCGCACUGAUGGACAGAAAAUGAUUUAUGAUAUUAGAAAACAAAAUAUUUUAAUGCAGUUAGAAGCUACUUACAGAGAGCGAAUGGUACAAGUUUACACUGAGGUUAAGAAACGCUUGGAUUUUAAUUCCCAAAUAGAUACUGUAGAACGCAGAAUUGCUCAGAAACAUAUGGUACAAUGGGUUGUAAAUAACGUACUAAAAGCAAUUACACCAGAACAAGAAAAAGCUACUCUACAACAAUGUAUUAAAGAUCUUGAAGCUCUUAAAGCAUAAAGUGUUACUACAGGACUAGAUGAUAUAGGAGUACUAUUAUUAAAUCUGGACUAGUUCAUUGUAAAGAUUACUGAGAAUACUGUAUAAAUCGCAGUGUACUCAACAUUAAAGAUCUUUCAUAAUUAAACUAUUGUUUACCAAUACAUUGUACAUUAUACAAUUAUAACAUUUCAUGAUAAAUAAAUGUCAUUAAAAGGUAACAGUAAAUAAUGUGUUAAAACCAUCUAAAUUUUAUUAAAUAUAAAUAAAUAAAUAUAAUAUAAUUGUACUUUA